AAAAUAAAAAACGAAAUAAAAAUAAAUUAAUAGAAAGGGAAAUUAUUAGAAACGUAAACCCUAGCCAAGCCAAUCCCUACCCCAUUGCCGCACAAUCUUCUUCAUCGUUCUUCUUCCUUGAUCUCAGGAAUGGAAUCACAAAUCAAACAUGCUGUGGUGGUGAAAGUAAUGGGUAGAACUGGAUCAAGAGGGCAGGUGACUCAAGUGAGAGUCAAGUUUCUUGAUGAUCAGAAUCGUUACAUUAUGAGGAAUGUCAAGGGACCAGUCAGGGAAGGUGAUAUUCUUACCCUACUCGAGUCUGAGAGGGAAGCUAGAAGGUUGCGGUGAUGGAAAAUUUUCUGUUGCUGCCAUCAUAUUUUUUUUCCUCUUUUCAAGUGUGGAAUUUAGUAACUUGUUUGCUCCAAGACUUUGAUUCUGGGGCUGAAUGUGUGAACUAGUUGCGUAAUUUAAUUGAGUUUUGAUAAUUUGUGGUUUUUUACUUGCUUAAUGAAUGUGAAGGAAUGUUUUUUUGUGUUAUUUUUGUCACGUGCAUUUUGACUCUGUUUGAGUUGAAUGCUAGUUGAAAGGUCAUUGAAGUGGAUAUACUUCAGAUUCA